GAGCGCAGCUAAUGCGGAUGGGACUCAAGUUGAACCGGCACAGACAAGGGCAGGACAUACUGGGCGUCACAGCCGAUUUGCCACUGGAAACAGCACCCGCCGCUCCCUCAACGGAGCCUUUGGCCAUCCUGGCGGUGGUCGACAACUUCCAAGGAAACUGGGAUCGCACGCAGACGUACGGCUUGGUGGCCAGGAUCCGCGUGCCGGAUGGCACACCCCUCGCCUCCAGCAACGUCUUCCUGUUGGAGUUCGGCUACGAUGCCACCACUGCAGCGGGGCGCCGGGCUGCAGCCAGCGCCCCCGCACCACAGGUCAGGGCCUUGGUGAACUUUCACGUGGACUACUUCCGCACCUCCCUGGCGGGACAGCAGAAUGUUCUGAUCAUCCAGUUCCAGUCCAUAACCGCUCUACCGGUUGGUGGCAGCUUACUUCUGGAUUCGCCCGCCGGCUUCGCGGUGGAGGAGAGCUGCGCUCUGCAGGUUGCGGCCGUGGAACUUCCGUACCAGGACUUGGCUGCAACCAGUGCUGCUCUACUCUGCAGCGCUGUUGUCCCAGCCACGACGCAACGGCCACAGGUCACCCUCCGAGUGGUGACUGGCGAGGUCUCGGCGGGGCCCUAUGUCAUGGCCUUGGCAGCCCGGAAUCCCCUGGUGCCGGAGCUGGGAGGCCUGGUGUGGCGACUGUCCAGCUACACAAAUGCUGUCGAUGCAGAGGUGGCAGAUCUGGGCUCGACGGUGGAAGGCUUCCAAGUGGAGUCCAUGAUGAACUUUGGUGGCCUCCUGGGUCCCGAAAGCGGCGUGAAUCCCGCAACCACGGGACGCGACGAUCACCCUGGCCAGGUGACAAACGUCAUUCUGGCCUUCGAGCUCGCAUCCACGCCCACCAGUUCUGGCGAGUCGACGCUGACAGUCAAGGCACCUACCGGCUUCAGCUUCCCGGCGCUCUGCACAGUGGUCGUGACGGGAGAUGUCUUUGGAGCGGGCGCACUGAUCCCUCUGGCGUUCUCGGCUUUCGAGGCCUCUGCUGUCGUCAGCACCUGCGAAGGCGGGGGCCGGACAGCGCGGCUUUCCGUGGCGCCUGGAUUGAUCCGAAACCGUCGUUACGUGAUGCGGCUUCAGGGCGUAAAUGGCGAGGAGACAGCAGAACAGAACCUCUGGACCAUCAGCUUCGCUGGGGAAGCGACUGAGCCCUUCGAGGGCUACCGGCUGUGGCGCUUCACUGAGGUUGAGGUGUUGCCAGACGCAACAGCGCGAUCAACUCCCGCCGAGGAGACACGCAACAACGUGACUCUGCGCUUCCGCACGACGAACGCGGUGACAUCCGCCGGCUUCGUUGCACUUCAGGCACCUUUCGGUUAUGUCUUCCCCACGCUGUGCCAAGCCACUUUGCAAGAGUUGGACGCCACGGACACCCCGAUCGCCGGCUCUGGAGUCGUUUCCUGCAGUGGCACGCCCCUCCCGGGACCGACGGCAGCCCUCCACCCCGUCGGGUCCUCCACACUCGCGGCAUUGGCGAAAUACCAACUGAACGUGGUCGUUCAGAAUCCCACUGUCAUCGCCUUGGAGGCCGGGACAUGGCAGAUUCAAAGCUACGCCACGAAGGAGGCCGACUACAGCAACCUCCUUGACAUUGGUGAGGCUCCUGGCUUUCACCUCACCGAAGUCUUCCACACACUUCGGAUCAUCUACCCUGUUGCCACGCCUUCCACGAUUGACGAGCUGGAGCUUAGAAUGCAGAUCCUCCUCUCCACCUCGCUGGAGAUCGGCGACGUCCUGGAGAUCGUAGCCCCCGACGGCUACGAUGUCACCGGCAACAGCACGUCUGAGUUCGACAACCUACAGAGAGCAUGCAACAAGUUCCGCCAGUGGUCAGCAGCUGCGCUGCCGAAACCUACUUGCAACGUCCGGGUCGUGCACUUCGAGUUCGCCACCACAGGCCUUGCCGUUGUCGACGUCCCUGGCGCCCAGGCCCUAACGCCUCUGAUGGACUUCAGCGUGACAUCUUUGUACCCACGGAAGACGCUCAGUGUUCAGGCCACCACGUUCCACGGCGAGCAACGACGGGGCACCGCUGUGGUCUCUGCCAAGACGGUGCCCGGGGAGCUGGUGACUCCACGGCUGCUGGAGAUCUCGGUUAUCCGUGCCGAUGCCUUCGUGGCUGUCCAAAGCCUCGCAUCACUGCAGCUGACCUUCCGAGUGAGUCAGGAUGCACAGGCGCUGCACAUCACCACGGAAGUCCAGGACGCCGCAAGCCAAGCCGAGCCCUUGCGCUUCGACUUUGCUGCCGCCUUUGCGACCGCCGUGGGCACGGAGGUGAGCCAAGUGAUUCGGAGAAACGCAUCGCUUCUCUUGCACAUGGCGCUGGAGCAGGGACGUGGCUACAGCUUGACGCUCGGAUCAGUUGCAAACCCUUCCACGCCGGGGACAGCAUUGUGGACACUGACGAGCUACGUACUGGCAGAGGACGGCUCCAUGGACUUGGCUGAUCCACGGGACAGGUCGGUCAACUUCGCGGGGCCUGUGACGCUCAAUCGCUUGAGCAUCGAUCCUUCGGCCACAAGCCUCACUGAUCCUUUCUUCGACAUCGUCAAUACGGAGCUGAGCCUGUCUUUCGUGGCUUUUCCUCGUGUGGUGACUGCUGGGCAAUAUCUCGUCCUAUCCGCCCCGGCCGACUUCGCCUUCCUCGAGAAGAGCUUCAGCCCAGGAGAAGGAUUCCCAUUGAUUUCUGGACAAGUGGCAGUUCUCGAGCUGGAGGGUAGCCGGCCCAGCUAUGCCGUUCAGAUCCUUUCGCCGAUCCUCCCAAGCCAAGCCGUGAAGUUCUCGGUCAGGCUCAGGACGCCAACAGCGCCCGAGGAUCUGAGCCUCUGGGCGACGACGCACCGCUCCAACCUGCUUCUGCGGGCAUGCCGCGACUCGCAAUGCAAGGACCCCACUGCCAGCAACGACGACCUUUUUCCAGGCUUCGAGAUGAAGGCAUCCUUCGGGACUGCGAGUAUCACUCCCCAGGCGAACGGCGCAGCGCCACAGCUGGAUGUGACAGUCACGCUGAGGAUCAGCCCCAAAGUGCCUUUGAUUGACAGGACGCCAUGUACUCCACUAGAUCCUGCCGUAGCUAAUGCGACCGAUCCGGAGGGACCCAUCAUCCGGGUCACCUCAGGCGACUCUGGCGUCUCUGAUCGAGAGCGGCACCGUGCAUUUGCGGAUUCGCAGCUUGGCUAG